CUCCCCCUUUUAUAACUUUUUUUUUUCACGUAGUAUUUCGCAUCUUCUCUUUGGUCAUCUACAGUUCUACACCACCAUAGCUUCAGAAUUUCCUCAACGUCAUAGGGGUUUAAUCACUGAAAAAUAAAUAACCCCAAAUGAUAUUUUUGUACAACAAUCUUUAUUUUGGUCAAGAAAUUAUGGGUCAUUCUAAAAUUAAUGCUAGCAAAAGAGACCAUUUCCUCAGUGGAUUAAUUACAUGGAACGGUCCAAGUUCACCUUCUUGUGCACACACUGAUGGGGUAAAACAGUUCCAAGGACUCAGAUAUAGGAAUAUGUCAUCUCAGAUUGUGGGAAAGUUCAGUCAAAAUAGUCAAGAUAUCUCACAAGACUUCCAGCUUCCAUCCGCAUAUGAAUCUGCCAUGGAAGCUCUUUCGACUCUCAUUACUCAGAAAAAAAGAAAUGGCAUACCAGCCAUUAGUGGUCAAAACCAGAAACUGGACAGGAUGUUGAGGUACAUUAAGAUUUUGGGCUUGGAAGAAAAGAUAGCAGGCCUUAAGAUUAUCCAUGUUGCUGGCACUAAAGGAAAGGGUUCAACAUGUGCCUUCUGUGAAGCAAUUUUACGGGAGUGCGGUUUCAAAACAGGACUUUUCACUUCUCCUCAUUUGAUCGAUGUUAGAGAAAGAUAUCGCCUUGAUGGGAUGGACAUAUGCCAGGAAAAAUUUCUGCAAUACUUUUGGGAUUGUUGGAAUCAGCUCAAGGUAUUCUUUCAUUUAGUCUCUGUGCUGGAUGACAAGAUGCCCCUAUCUAAGUAUGCUAGUGGAUCUUCCGAGUUUACCUUGACUACAUCUCAGUUGGUUCUCUUUUUCAUUCUACAUACAGGUCUUGGUUCUGUUCUUGACCAAAUUGUUCCAUUUCUGGCACUUUGUAAAUCAAAUAUGUAUAAUGAUUUUUCUAUUACCUCUGUGUUGUCACUGUAUGGCCGUGACAUUACAUGUUCAAACCAUCGAAGUAGCCUCUUGCAAAAAUGCAAGGUUGAUGUUGCCAUCAUUGAAGUUGGCCUUGGAGGAAAGCUGGAUUCUACGAAUGUGAUUAAGGAACCUGUUGUCUGUGGUAUUACUUCUCUGGGUAUGGAUCACAUGGAAACUUUAGGAAAUACACUAGGCCAGAUUGCUUCUCACAAGGCCGGAAUUCUUAAGCCUCAAGUUCCUGCAUUCACUGUGCUGCAACUUUCUGAAGCAAUGGAAGUUCUUCAAGAAAGGGCUAAAGAGUUGAUGGUUUCGCUGCAAGUUGUCGCACCGCUAAACUUGGAAAAGUUAAAUGGAGCAAGGCUAAGCUUGUCUGGUGAUCACCAGCUCAGUAAUGCUGCCCUUGCUGUAUCCCUUUGUAAAAGUUGGCUUAGAAGUACAGGAAACUGGAAAAGGCUGUUUGAAGAUGCAUAUGAGAAAGAUGGUCUACCAGAGGAAUUCCUGAGGGGUCUUUCAGCUGCACGUCUUUCUGGCAGGGGUCAGAUUGUUGUUGACCCUCUGAUCAACACAUCUGGAGGACAUAAAAGGUUGUCAGGAGAUCUGACCUUCUACCUAGAUGGAGCUCAUAGUCCUGAGAGCAUGGAUGCUUGUGCGAGAUGGUUUUCUGCUUCUGUGGUAGAAAGAAAAGACAUGUCACUUUCAUCAGUUUCUUCAAAAGUCAAUACAAUGGAGAGAGCCUGGACAAACGGUUACAUCAAACCUUGUAAUAACAAGGAUUCGGAUGAAAUACCAAAGCGGAUUUUGUUAUUCAACUGUAUGGAUGCAAGAGAUCCUCAAAUUCUUCUUCCUAAGCUUGUCAAUACCUGUGCAUCAUCAGGUAUUUACUUCUCAAAAGCUAUUUUUGUGCCAAGCAUUUCGGCAUAUACCAAGGUUACUUCUGCUACCUCUGCUAUUCCCUCAUAUAUCCCUGGAAAGGAUUUGUCGUGGCAGUUUAACCUUCAGAGAAUUUGGGAGAAAAUCAUUCAUGGCAAAGAUGUUCUUGAUCAGAAUCUCAAGUUAAACGCCUCAGUAGGCGUACCACCCCGUGAAUUUCUUUAUAAAGAGGCUUCUCGUUGUGGUCCAGAAGAUGGAUAUUUUGCUUGUAGUGCGGUUUUUCCUUCAUUACCAUUGACCAUAAAUUGGUUGAGGGAUUGUGUUAGAGAAAACCCUUCCCUUAGAGUUCAGGUUCUUGUCACCGGUUCAUUGCACCUUGUUGGCGAUGUAUUGAAGCUACUAAGGAGGUGAGGUAAUACUAAUUUCCUUCCCCAGGUGGUCGGGGUUUAGUUGAUGGAGACUGGAGAAUGUGAUAUCCUUGGAACCUUUUUGAGAGUUUUUCAUGCGACGCAACCCAAUAUUCUUCUUUUCCUGGAAAUUGAAUUUUGUUCCAUUGUAUUGUCAUCGUUAUAGUUUUAUUUCCAUGUUCAUUAAUUUAUGCAGACAAUGUUUUAUCUUGAAAUUUGGAGAUUGUGUGGCAUUGAUGAAGUUGCUCAACUUCAAUAAUUUGACAGCUCUCAGUACUGUGUUAUUCCUUUGAAA